AUGUUAUUGACAAGAGAAAAUAUCGAAUUUUAUACUCAAAGAAGAAAAUAGUAUUGUGAAGAUUUCUUAAAGCUAACGAACCAAUUUAAACCAAAAUUAGAGUUAUUAUAAAAAAAGUUGAUAGCUUCUAAGUAGGCAAUCGAUGGUCCUGCUAAAUCAAUUCCUCAUUAAUAAAAGAUAAAAAAAGUCAAUAAGGUUUUGGCAUCUCUUUCAAAAUCUAAGGAAGUUCAAUACAAAAUUGAUAAAGAAAUGAUUCGAUGCUCAUGCUAAUAUAAAUUAGAUGAGGUUCCAAAUUGCAAGUAUGGAAUAAUAUAAAUUUAGUUUCAAUUACUCUUAAACUUGUAAUAAGAUACAAUAAGCAAUGGCACCUUUGAUCCAAAACCUUUAAAUCUAGAUAAAUGAUAAGGAAGUGGAAAUUCUGAAUGAUUAAGAUUGUUCUGAUUUGUAUAUAAAAGUAUGUUAAAAUAACUUUAUUAAGAGAGAGAUGAUUUGUAAAAAAUGAAUCAAAAAUCAAAAAGAUUAUAAUAAAUAAUAGAAAAGCUUUAGAUAAUGGAAUUGAAAUAAGAAGAAAAGGUAUAAAGGGAAAGUAUAAAAAAAUUGGAGAAAAUGGAUAAAGCUGAAGAUUAUGAUGAAACUCUACCAUAUUCUAGAAAAGCAUUAAUGUCAAAAAAGAAAAUAGAAGCUUAAUUUUUAAUAGAGGAAGAGAGAAAAUAGAGAAAAUAAUUUGAGAAUGAAAGGAUUAGAGAAAAUAUAGAAGAAUAAAAAUAAAAAUAUCAAUCUUUAGACAAUAAAAUAAAAACACAUUAUAAAAAAAUGGGUUUAUAAAAGAGAAAAUUAAAAAGUUUGUGUGAUUUUAGAGAGUACAUUAAUGAUUGUAAAACAAAUUCUAAAAUAAAAAUUGAUUCUUAGGUUAAUAUAAAACAAUAACAAUUAAAAAGUAUUUUAAAUGCAGAUAAAAGAUUUUCAAUAACAUUAUUUUCAACAUAAAUGAAUUCGUAAAAUCUAACGUAUAUUAUUUAAUAAAUUUAAAAGUCCUGUUUGUGGUGAAAUAAAUGGUUAAACAGCUCCUAUAAUAAGUAAUGUUAAUACUUAAAGAACUAUAAUACAAAAUUUUGGUAAGAAAACAUCCCAAAACUUUAAUAAAAUAAAAAGAAGAUAUAAUAAUUUAGGAUAAAGGUUAGAAAAUGGAUCAAAUUUUGAUUUUUAAGAUAAUAAAUUAAUCUUAUUAUGA